AUGUCAGCACAACCAGGAGCGGGCGGCGACCAGGUGCCCACCUUCAAGCUCGUCCUUGUCGGUGACGGUGGUACCGGAAAGACCACUUUCGUGAAGCGCCACUUGACCGGAGAGUUCGAGAAGAAGUACAUUGCCACCCUCGGUGUUGAGGUUCACCCCCUUGCCUUCUCCACCAACUUUGGCAACAUUGUGUUCAACGUUUGGGACACCGCAGGCCAGGAGAAGUUCGGCGGUCUUCGGGAUGGCUACUACAUCCAGGGCCAGUGCGGUAUCAUCAUGUUCGAUGUCACCUCGCGUAUCACCUACAAGAACGUGCCCAACUGGCACCGCGACCUUGAGCGCGUGUGUGAGAACAUUCCGAUCGUCUUGUGUGGCAACAAGGUCGACGUCAAGGAGCGAAAAGUCAAGACUGGUGCCGUCACUUUCCACCGCAAGAAGAACCUGCAAUACUUUGAGAUCUCGGCCAAGUCCAACUACAACUUUGAGAAGCCUUUCCUCUGGCUCGCACGCAAGCUCGUCGGCAACAACAACCUUGAAUUUGUCGCUGCGCCGGCACUUGCCCCGCCAGAGGUCCAGGUCGACCCGGCACUCAUGGCCAAGUACCAGGAAGAGCUGGCAAGCGCUGCUGCCGAGCCGCUGCCGGAUGAGGACGAUGGUGAUUUCUAA